UUAAGUUUCAACGGCAAAACAGCUACGGCAUUUUACAAUUUUCUUUAAAUAUUAAAGCAUGUCCUUAUUUUAGUAUUUUAAUAAUUUCCCUGCAGAAUGAAAUAAACCUUCAAUUCUUAAAAAGUAAUAAAUAAACAGUGAAAAAAAACUAGAAAAUUAAAACAAUUCAAAAAGUGAUUAUGAGUAUGGAUUCAGCGAUGGAUUCGCUCUCGACAACAAGUGAUCAUAGUAUGGCAUCGUCAAACGAAUCAGUCCAUAAUAUGCGAAGUCGCUCGCCACAUCGUAAUGACUCAGGACAUCAUAGUUCUCGUCCGAAUUCACAUGACAAAACCAGAACACCAACGCCUGGCUCACCAAUGCCAUUUUCUCAAAGAGAUUUUAGAACUUUACGUGAUGGACAUAAUAGUCCACUCACAAGUGGCGGUCCACAAAUGCUUCCAAUGCCACAUCCAUUAAGUCCACCGCAAGUGUCAACGCCAAGUAAUUUGAUGGGAAUACAAACACGAAUGGCACAAAGUUUAUCGCAUUUACCACCGCACGGUUUGGGACUUUUGAAUUCAUUUAUGCAUCAUGCUAGUCCACUCGAUCUUAUGGCUGCCGCACAUCAUCAUGUACCGCCACGUUCAUACAAUAGUCCACCACCAAUAAGCAGUUCAGAUCCGACAGCAAACGAAUGUAAAUUAGUUGACUAUCGUGGUCAAAAAGUUGCUGCGUUCAUAAUUCAGGGCGAGACAAUGUUGUGUCUACCGCAAGCAUUUGAGUUGUUCCUUAAGCAUCUUGUCGGUGGACUUCAUACUGUUUACACAAAAUUGAAGCGACUUGAUAUUGUGCCAUUAGUAUGUAAUGUUGAACAAGUGAGAAUAUUACGCGGACUCGGUGCAAUUCAACCCGGUGUUAAUCGAUGUAAAUUAUUAGCGUGUAAGGACUUUGACGUUUUGUACAGGGAUUGCACAACUGCCAGAUGCUUGUCAAUUAAACCACCUGAGAGACCCGGUAGACCACCAAAACGAGGACCUGUAGGACUGUCUCUUCCCGCCACAUCACAUCUCAAUCCAAAUCAUCCGCAACUGAAAAAGCAUCGUCUUGACAAUGGAGAUUAUCCGUACGAGAAUGGACAUCUAAGUGAUCUUUCCCGAUUGGAUAAAUCACCAUUACUAGCUAACGGCUACAAUGCCCCACCAACACAUCUCAAUCCUAUGGCACCAUUUAUGGCACAAAUGGGUCAUCAUGGUGCUCCAUUAAUGAGUCCUGGAAUGCCACCACAUGGAAUGUCUCGACCUGGCGAAGGAUUGAUGAAAAAUCAAAAUAUUCCCGGCAUGGAAGCAAUGACAAGAUCUGGCAUCUGGGAAAAUUGUCGUGCUGCAUAUGAGGAUAUUGUUAAACAUUUAGAGAGAUUACGUGAUGAAAGGGGUGAGGAGCGUGGCAAUGAUAUGGAUGUAAAAUUGCGAGGAAUUCAAUCAUCACCUCGUCCAUCAUCAAAUGGCGGUCAUAGUCCAAUUCUUAAUCUAUCAAAAAGCGGCAAUGAACAAGGCAGUGCACCACCAAGUGAACGAAGUGAUGUCCACUCGCCAAAUCCAUCGAUACGUGAAGACGAUGAUAAUAUGAGCGAUGGAAAUGUGUCUGAAGUGGAUGAACAUAAUGAGAAGGAUGAUGAAGAAAUCAGUGAUACGGAACAUCCAGCAACAGCAACACCACCACCAGCAUCGAGUACCGAAUUGGAUUCACGUCAGCAUGCAUUAAAUUAUUCAGCCUUGGCAGCUGCUGCCAGCGUUCCAAAUGGACAAGAUCCGAACUUAUCAUCGACAGAAACACUUCUGCGAAACAUUCAAGGCUUACUGAAAGUCGCUGCUGAUAAUGCCCGCCAACAAGAGCGACAGAUUAACUUUGAGAAAGCUGAAUUAAAAAUGGAUGUGCUGCGAGAACGUGAAGUCAAGGAUUCACUGGAACGUCAAUUAACAGAAGAACAAAAACUAAGAGUAUUAUAUCAAAAGCGUUACAAACGUGAACGAAGAAUGAGAGGAAGAUUACAGGAGCAAAUGGAAAAUGAGCUAAAGAAGCGAAAUCAAAUAGAGGACAUCCUCAAAGCAUCGGGAGCUCCAGCUGAAGCAUUAAGAAUUUUAGCGGAAAAUAACAAUACGACGAUAAAUAAUAACAACAAUUCAACAUCAAUGGAGAGUGAGUCGGGCAGUAAUAAGGAUAAGAAUCGAGAUAGUGAGAAAGAUCGUAAUCGGAGCGAUAAAGAGCGUGAAAAGAGUUUAAGCGAUCAUAAUAAGGCAAAUAGUAGUGGAAGUCCGAAGCGUUCAAGAAGUCGCGAUUUACCAGCAGAACGCGAGAAAAAUUGGAAUUAUCCUCCAGGUCUUGAUAAUAUUAUGGCAACAGGAGCAUUCUGGCAGAAUUAUUCAGAAUCCCUCGCACAAGAAAUGGAACUGGAGAGAAAGAAUCGACAGGCGAGCGAAAAUGAUGUUAAAGGCUCACUGCAAGAGCGUUCAAAUUAUUAUAAAAAUUCAACAUUAUAUGCCACUUAGAUGUGAUCAAGUUCAUCAUCAACAUUAACAAUUAAUGAUUAAGUAAAUAAUUAUUUAAAUAACUUAUAAGCUUUUAAUCUACUUUUUAAAAAUAACAGAAAUACAAAAAUUUAUGAGGAUUAGGAUGAAAAUAAUUUAAA